CAUGAAGGCUGCCAGCACGGGGACCCCCCGAAGGGACCUUCUGCUCUUUAGUGUCGUCAUCAAUGCGCUCUCCCUCGGACUGAGGUCCUGCCACGCUGUGCCCAUUGUCGGCGGACGGAUUGUGUCAACCGUGGGUGACGCCAGCCAGUAUCCGUUUAUGGUCUCGUUGCAAGAUGUGAUUGUGGGGAAUGCCACUGUGGCCACUACCUAUCGCCACUUUUGCGGUGGCAGCCUCAUAAGUGAUCGCUGGAUCCUGUCGGCCGCCCACUGUGUCUGGAGAAAGAACAUAAAUACCAUUUCUGCCUUCAUUGGCUACGAGAGCAUUGAGAAUGUUGAUCUGCUGGAAGCAUAUGGUCUGGAAAGCGCCGAAUACAUCUACUUUCAGCCUUCCAACUUUAGGAAUGAUAUUGCUCUGCUCUACAUGAGGCGUCGCUACAGAAGUGCUUUGGGCCAGGACUUGCAGUUUGCACAGCUGCCGCCUCAGGGCAUGACACCGGACAGGAAUGAAUCGUGUCGAAUUAUUGGUUAUGGCGCCACCCAGCAUGCGGGCCCGUGCCAGACGCAAUUGUUUGAGGCCGAAGUUCGGGUGAUUGGCAACAAGGAGUGUCGAGACAUCAUAGGACACAUCUGGGCACCACAGAAUGGAGCAAACACUGUCUGUGCCAUGGGCACUGGGCAUCAGGACUCGUGCCAGGGCGACUCUGGGGGUCCUCUCAUCUGCCCAUAUGGCGGCAGGGACUACAUCUACGGACUCGUUUCACAUGGUCUCACCUGUGGCAUCAAGGGCAUGCCCAGCGUGUACACGGUGACCCGACCCUACCACGACUGGGUGCAGCUGCUGCUGAGUCAGUCGUAGACCUCUGGAUGUGACGUGUAUAAGCGCUUUAUUAUACGAUAUCAAACAGAAAACAAUUACGAAUAUACGCUAAAAGAAUGCAAGGACUAACAG